ACAAACAUCAUUCAACCAUUGCCAAGAUAUGCUUGAAACACGUAUUAUUUUAUUUAACGCGAUGUUUGUUUAAUAGUUUUUUUUUAAUAAUGGGUAAACAGGAUAAACGUGGGAGCUGUAUCUAUCUAUUGCGACAAUGUUUCCUUACGGCGAGCGUGGCUAUCAACAUAAUUGCCCACGGCUGUGUCAUCGGUUUCUCUGCCAUUCUCAUCCCAAGUUUGCGGCGCCCUGAAUCUCAUAUCCAGGUCACGACCAGUGAAGAGUCAUGGAUAGCAUCCGUUAUCGGCUUUGCUUUGAUCGUGGGCAACUUCAUCAUCACGCCUCUCAUGGAUACCCUGGGAAGAAAACGGUCACACCUUCUCACUAUACUACCUGUUUUAUCCGGAUGGUUUCUGCUCCUCAUGGUAAACAGUGUCGCUGGUCUGAUCACAGCGAGAUUCCUUCAAGGAGUAUCAAUGGGUAUGCUGGGACCUUUAGGGUCAAUUAUUAUUGGAGAAAUGACUGACCCUAAGAGCCGAGGAGCAUUUUUAACAAGUGUUUCGCUUUCGUUGACAAUUGGAGUAAUGUUCUCACACGGAAUGGGUACUUACGUUAGUUGGGAACAGAACGCUUUGAUAUGUUCUUUCAUCACUUUUACCAGUCUUCUGCUGAUAAUAUACAACCCUGAGUCUCCAUCCUGGUUGAUAUCCAAGGGAAGAAUUAAGGAAGGUGAGGAAGUUUUCUUUUGGCUAAGAGGUCGUGGACCAGACCAGGAAUCUGAAUUCGAGAACAUGGUAGCCGCUCAAAGAAUGCAGCGUAAAUCCAGCGUAAUUGACCAAGAACUACCACUGAAAGUUAAAGCUAAGAGAUUCUUCGCCUAUUUGAGGGCAACAUCAAGAAAGCCAGAAUUCUAUAAACCAAUAAUCAUCAUGUUUCUAUUAUACACCAUGUUCCAAUUUGCUGGAAUCAAUGUGAUCAGCUCCUACGCCAUGGAUAUCAUUCACAAAGUCGUUGGACCUGAUGCGAACGCCAAGUUUUUAAUGGUAAUGUUAGACAUCGAAAGACUAAUUUGCAAUAUACUUGCAGUUUUCCUCAUGAAGACCUUAAAGAGGAGAACUCUUCUAUUUUCUAGUGGUGCAAUUUGUGUGUUUUCGUAUAUAGGUAAGAGUUGUUACGUUUACGCGAAACAAAAUGAUAUGUUACCAUUCGAUAACCAGUGGAUACCGAUUGCGUUAAUCGGUUUGUACAUGUGUUCCCUAACCGUUGGAAUAUCGUCUAUACCGUUUGCGAUAUCAGGAGAAAUUUUCCCAUUAGAAUACAGGGGAUUGGGCGGUGGGAUCAGCGUUUUAGCUUUAUCCCUUAAUUUUUUCAUUGCGGUCAAAAGUUUUCCAGUUUUAAAUAAUGCUGUAGGACUGCCCAUAACGUAUUUGAUGUACGCUGGAGUCGUUGUGUUAUGUCUGUCGAUUAUAUACUUUAUGAUGCCGGAGACCAAGGACAGGACUCUCCAAGAGAUCGAGGACAGCUUCCGAGGGCUGUCACCGAGAGAUAUAAAGAGUGCUGAACCCCUGAACAGCUUAAAUAACGGUGAGAUGCGUAGAUGCAGUUCGCAUAUACUGUAUUGAUCAAAUAAAGACUGACGGCGUGCAGUGAUUAGAGACUUUACUGUGUAAUAAAGAUUAAUUUAUGUUAUCGUACGUUUAUUUACCGUAGUAAAUAUUAAUCUCAAGAUACUUAUGUUAUUUAAAUAAAAAUCUGUUGCAUU